GCGACCGGAGAGGGAGGCGGAGCAGCGCGCAGGGACUCCGCCGCCGCCGCCUCUGCUUCCCCUCCUUCGAUCGCGGCUUCUCGCAGGCAGAAAGGCUGAUCCGAAUCGGGAGCUGGCUCCGAGGCAAGACGGGGACGGGGAAUUGGGGCCAGGGCUCCCUUCGCGGGGUGGGGAAACCCCAGUCCGGCGCCCGGUGGGUGAGUCCUGGAGGGAUCUCCGGGCUGGGAAAGGGAGACCAGCAGGCAGGGAGACAGAAAAGGAAUAUUUCAUCUCCGCGCCCCCCCCCCCGCCCCGCUUCAAUAACAUACCAGCUGCCUCUUUAAAUAGUGCAGAAAUCGGGGCUCCCGAACAUAGAGAGAGAACUGCCCCUGCCCCCCUACAGUGGGUAGGAGUAGUAGGUCAAGACGGAGUGGGGGUGGACACGUCUUUGGCAUUCACACAUGCCGAGGAGCACCGGGAGGAUAGGAUCCGGCAAGGGCUUUGCUCCUAAGAGGGGAGAAUUGAACUCUAGCCCCCAAAGAUGAAAACAAAGCGCCCCCUUUCUAGCUAGGAGCAGGGCACCAGGGAGGCUGGCCGAGAUCAGGCAUAGUAUUGCUAUACUGAUAUAUGGCAUUUACACGCCACCAUCCCCUUCAAGGACCUCAAGACGCCUCCUUCCUCCUCAGUAAAUCCCCACAACAACCCUGUGAGGUAGAUUAGGCUUUGCUGCCAAGGUCACCCAGCGAGCUCCAUGGCUGAGCAGGGAUUCGAACCCUGGUCUCGCAGGUGCUAGCCCAACGUCCCAACCACUGUGCCACGCUGGUUCUUGCAUUAGCCAGCAUCCACCUAGGCUGAUUCUUCCUGGGAUGUGUACCCGCCCUGCCCCGCAGCUGCAAGAGAAGCCUUGCCCCUAGGUAAAGGGUAGCGUGCCUGGGUUGGGACCUCUCCGCUGCCCACCAUGGCUGCCAUGCUGCCCUGGCGCCGGAGCAAGUUUGUCCUGGUGGAGGAGAAUGAGGGCAAAGGCAAGAGCAAGAGUUUGGGUCCCGGCUUGAGCUACGCCUCUUUGCUGUCCAACUUUGUUCGCUCCUGCCCGGACCUGUGGCCCGAGUGCCCCCUGGAGCGGCUGGGCAGCGUCUUCCGCAGCAAGCGCCAGAAAGUGGAGCUGAACAAGGAAGACCCCACCUACACCGCCUGGUACCUGGGCAACGCCGUCACCCUGCAGGCGAAAGGCGAGGGCUGCACCGAGGAGGCGGUAGAGAAGAUCUGGGCCAAGAGCGAAUUCGGGAGCCGCAGCACCAAGAUGAAGUUGACCCUCGGCCCCCACGGCAUCCGCAUGAGCCCCUGCGAGAAAGGGCUCCGGCGGCCGAGCCAUGCCUACCUGCUGCACCGCAUCACCUACUGCGUGGCCGAUGGGCGGCACCCCAAGGUCUUCGCCUGGGUCUACCGGCACCAGGUCAAGAACAAAGCAGUGGUCUUGCGGUGCCACGCUGUCCUGCUCUCCAAGGCUGAGAAGGCCCACUCCAUGGCACUUUUGCUCUACCAGACGUCCCACUCGGCCUUCAACGAGUUCAAGCGGCUCAAGAGGCAAAACGAUUCGCGCCACAUCCAGCAGCAACUCCUGGGCGAAGCCAUCAUCCCCCUGGUGCCCCUACGCAAACUCCUCAACUGCAAGUGCCCCUACAGGCCUCCAGCGGACAGGGGACGCAGCGCCCCUAGGCUGAGCGCCAUCCAGGAGGAGGAGGAGGAGGAAGAGGAGAAAGCGGACAGGGAGGAAGGGGCCUCGGGCGCCCCUUGCGGCUGCGCAGCCAGCUCUGCAAACGGCAGGACCGGCGCUAACCUGAGCAGGUGCGCCAGCGCUGCCGCUGGGGCUGCCACCGCCGCUAUAGGCGUCCAACUGUCCAUUUGCACCACCUUGGCCAUCGGCACGACUGACGGCACGGCCCUCUGCCACAACGCUGACACCACUCGGGGCCGCAAGACGGUCAAAAGCAGGGAGAGGCCUGAGGUGCUGACUUUAGCCCACGAGCUGAGGGUCUGCACUUUGAGGGGGCCCCACCACCGGGAGGACUUGCCAUCUUGGGAGCCCCCCAAAGAGUCGUCUUGCCUGCCUUGUUAAGGAUCCUGCAGGCAUGGGUUUAUUUUGCAGACUCUCCUCCCCGGUGAUGGAUUUGAGGGAGUGGGCGUCGGGAACAUGUUGUUUCCUCUGCUGCUUUGUUCCCUCGUUGGGCUGCACUCAGUACAUUCAAGGUUGAUAGACGGCACAUGGCAGAAUGGUUAGUCCUUGCCAGGGGAUGAACAUUGUUGACGUGCUGGUUCUACCUAACUGAUGUCUUAUGGCCCGGUUUUGACCAAACCGACCCAUCUGUUCCAGCCAUUUUUAUUCUUCUGCGGACCCUCUGAGGCUUCUCACUCCCUGAUCAACCUGUGCCAACCUGUUGAACGACUGCCGGACACCCAGCACCCCACCUCUGGGAUCAGGGUGGCUUGAUGGUUCUUACACGUAGAAGUGAGGUUGUGCAGGCUACAGCGGCUUUUAAUACUUGUUUGAAGUGGCAAAGGGGGAAAAUGUCUCAAGCCGGACAGGGGGAGCAAAAUCUCUCUGUGUAUGUACGCCUCAGCAUAGAUAUUUAUUUAUAUGUAAAGAGUGCUCACCCUUUGGAUUUGUACAUGUUUUUGCAUGCUUCCUUCCUCCCCACCCCUGGUGAGGGGUAUGUGUGACAUCAUACUGGGCAUCUGCUUUUGGGAACCUGUAUUGGGUUAGGAGGCCAAAUGAGGAACACUCUUGGAAGCAAUCAUUUCCCCUCCAACCAACUAAUAUUGGAGCUGUAGGAGUGGAAGUGAGGUUUAAACUUGGGUUUCCAAUUCCAUUGCAUUUCUUUUUCACUAGCCUUCUGGGGCCAAGGUACUCUACUGCCAAAACAUCCAAUUUUGUGUGUCCAGAAAAUGCAGCUUCUCUCCUUUGAGUAAGGGCCUAACCCAAUUAGGUUCCCCACAUUUUUGAAGAGGUAAAUUAAGUAGUGUGUGUGUGUGUGUGUGUGUGUGUGUGUGUGUAUGAGAGAGAGAGAGAGAGAGAGAGAGAGAGAGAGAGAGAGAGAAUAUCUGGCUAGCCUUUACUCAAAGCAGAGAAUCUGCUGAAUUCCCGAAACCCUCUUUAAAAAACAAACUGGGUUUCUAGUCCCCAUUGUUUUGAAUUCACACAGUGGAAAGGUAAACAUAGGCAACUGAUGACCCAUCAUGGGCUAAAUUCAGCACUUGCCCCCCUCCCUUGCAGCAGCUUCACACCUGGUCCCAAUGGAUUCCCCGAUCCUUUUUGCUGCAUAUGUUGAUUCUUUCGUUUGCUGCAUGUCAGAGACUACCCAGAAAAAGAAGAAUAUGGAUUCCGCAGGUUUUUAUGUGCGCACAUGUCUGUCAAUGAUACAAAGGAGGCAGGAAAGACAUGAAGGAACUGAAAACACUGUAUUUAGAACUCCGUAGCAACAAUAAAGCACAAGAGAACCAGGCAAUUCCUAAUACAUUGAUUGGGACUUGCUCACAUUUCGGUUGAUUUGGAAAGCUGAAAUGUGGAUGAGGAAAAACUGGGAGGGCCUCUGGAAGCGAGUUGUCGGGGUUUGGAAGCCAACUAAGCCUUCCUCAGAGGAGAUGCACUGAAAUUAACCAACCUACGUUAGUCAUGUCCAUCCAGAUCAAUGGGGCUACUCUGAGUAGGACUGCCAUUGGCUACAACCCAUUGAAACUGGUAGGUUUCACACCAGGCAUUGAAGCACUAUGAUACCACUUUAAACUGCUAUGGCUUCAUCCGAAUAAUUCUGGGAACUGUAGUUUGCUAAGGGUGCCUAGAGUAUUUAGGAGACCCCUAUUCCCUUCCCAGAGCUAUAAUUCCCAUAAUUCCCUGAAAAUUGUUAAACCGCUCUGAAAUAGUAGCUCUGUGGAGGAGAAUGGGAUCUCCUAACAACACUCAGCACCCUUAAACUACAGUUCCCAGGAUUCUUUGGGGGCAAGCCUUAAAGUGGCAUGAUGCUCUAAAUGUAUAUGCAGAUGAACCCCUAGUAAAAACUAUUAGUUUCAGUGGAUUUGCUAUGAGCAUGACUUGGUCGGAUUUUCAAACUGAGAGUUUAAAAAUCAGCAAAGGUUUGGUUCUGUUCUGGGGAGAAACUGCCUUUGAGACUCGGAAAUGGAAUAUAUGAUUUCUGCCCACAUUUUGCUGCUGGGGAGGGCUCAGUGCUCAGUUGCAGAGGGCAAGCUCUGCACAUGGAAGGUCUCGGAUAUUGCCAAGGUUGCAGGUUCGAUCCCUGUAUGGGACAGCUGCAUUGCAGAGGGUUGGACUAGAUGAUCCUCAGGGUCCCUUUCCAACUCUACAAUUCUAUGAUAGACGUGUGUAAAGUUAUGCGUGGUAUAGAGAACGCGGACAGAGAAAAGGUUCCCUCCCUUUCUCAACCACACCAGAACGGGUGGCCAUCCAAUGAGGCAGAAGGAUUUGGGAGAGACAAAAGUACUUCUUUAUGCAGCAAGUGGUUAAACUAUGGAACUCACUGCCACAGGAGGGAGGGAUGGCGGCCAGUUUGGAUGGCUUUCAAAGAGAAUUGGACAAAUUUUUGGAAGAUAAAGCUACUAGCCCUGAUGGCAAUGCUCUCUGCCUAUGGUUGGAGGCAAUAAUGCUUUUGAAUUACCAGGUGCUAGAAGCCACAGAGGGCUCAGGUCCUGUUUGCAGGUAUCCCACAGGCAUCGGGUUGGUCUCUGCAAGGACAGGAGGCCGGACUAGAUGGACCACUGGCCUGAUCCAGCAGCUUCUUCUUACGUUCUGCUCAUAGGCCUGAUCACUGUGAGAAGAGAAUGCUGAACUAGAUAGGCCUUCUAGCUGAAUCAGGCUAAAUCACUCUGCGUAUGUUCUUAAAGACUCAUGCCUGAAACAUUGGAGACCUCCUCCCAAUCGGUGUAGGGCCACACUGAGCUCUACAGGGCUAAUGCACUGCUUGGGAUGUUCCCUUGCACCCACAAAGACCCCACUUCAAUCCUCAGCAUAAAUAUCUGGUUAUAUCUAGGGAAGAUUCCUGCUUGACACCCUGUAGAGUCAGGCGACUGCCAGCCUUUCCCAAUCUGACACCUUCCAGAUGUUGCUGAAUCCCAACUCCAUCAUUCCUGAAAGUUGAUCAUGCUGUCUGUUUGCUGAUGGAAGGUGAAGUUCAGUAACAUCUGGAGUGUACAAGGGUCCUCAGCCCUUAUGCGGGCAAUAUCGAGGUUAAUGGGUCGAGGGAAUAUUCUGGUACGGCAGCUGCUUAAGACUUAUAUUUUACUGGUGAAUUUGGAUUGCCUUUUUAAAAAAUAAAUAAAAUCU